AUGCAGUUUCAGUAUCUUCGUGUCUUCUGGAAUGUUUCUAUUCUAUGGUUUUUAUCCACCCCGAGUUGCGUCUCCAGUCGUACGCUUUCUAGUGAAGAGAAGCUGCAUCGACUACUGUUAGAGAACUAUUCCAGUCUAGUAAUACCACAGGACUCGGUUCUAAACGUGACGCUUCAGCUGGGUUUACAAUUCAUCAUUAAACUAGACGAGAGUAAAGAAAGCUUAACCGCUUUGGGCUGGCUUCAAGUACAGUGGAUGGAUUUUCGACUCACGUGGAAUGUUAGUCUUUACAGCGGAUGUACCAGUACAAUUCUGCCAGCUAAAAUGAUCUGGAAACCAGAUCUGCACCUUUACAAUUCAAUAGCUGAACGGGGUUCUAUAGCUAACGGAGACAUGAAUCUGAAAAUUAUGAAUGACGGCCUCAUAAUCUGGGAGCCCGGUCUGUUUAUAGAAAGCAUGUGUCGGUUCGACGUGACAAUGUAUCCAUUUGAUUCACAGGUUUGUCUGCUAGAAUAUGGAAGCUGGCACUAUGGCUCUGAUAAGCUAAUUCUGCACAAGCUAAGCAACAAGGUGAUUCUGGCAGCGUACAAGGAAAAUAACCAAUGGGAAAUUACUAAUGCAUCUGUUGAAACCAAGAUUAGAACAUUGGAUAAUUUCUCAAUAGCACAUUUCAGACUUUUUCUGCGAAGAAGGAGACUGUUUUACGUCUUGAAUGUCGUCCUGCCAAUCUGCAUAACAUCCAGUUUAAGCGCAUUUGUUUUCGUACUGCCGCCUGAAUCUGGUGAAAAAAUCGGUCUUUCAACGACUCUUUUUCUGACGCAUGCUGUUCUUUUGGGAAGCAUAUCCCGUGAUAUUCCAAACACAUCCACAUCCACAUCCAUCCUCAGUGCUUUUGUUGUACUCCAACUGAUUCUUAGUGGUCUAUCCAUCAUCAUCACCACGAUUAUUCUAAAAUGCUAUCAUGCAAAUGAGAACAAGCUUAAGUCCGAUAUUCAGCAUAGAAAUGAAAGCAAGAAAGCCAUUGUGUCGUCAGAUUCCAAUGACGUGAGACCAGCUACCAACCAGGAGACACUAAUACAAGGCGAGAACACGAAAUCAGUGAUUUGUCCUUUCGGAUACUUCAUGCCGGACUACCAGUGCUGCUCGGCGAAGGUUGUCAACUGUAAUACUAUACUGUUCUGUGUGUAUUUUGUAAUGAGCGUCGCGAUGGCCCUAGGUGUAACAUUCAUUUUGAUUUUUUUGUAG